UUUUGUGUUCAGCACAAGAAAGAAAUUAAUACAGGUUUGGGACAACAUGUGAGUGAGUAAAUAAUGACAGAAUUACAAUUUUAGGGUGAACUAUCCCUUUAAUUACAGUCGGCAGCAUAUUUAGUACUGUCCCUUUAAGACCUGCACGCAUCUAAUAUACAGGCACCAUGCGUUUCUCUCAGCUGUUUACCUUCAUUUUAGACAUAACCAACUGAGUCUAUACAUAAACCUGGUAUCUUCACUUUACAGAUGGACUGGAAAGCUACCAGCACCUAGAGACAAUGGAGACUGAAUCCUGAAAAAAAGGCACCUGUUUAUCUAAUACAAGAAGAAGAAAAUAAGAGAUAUUUGACAAAAAUCUAACAUACCAAUUUUGUUUUUACAGUGUAUUGAACAUUUUAAGAUGAAAAACUCAUCUGUCGUGUCAUCGAUUAUGUUGGAAGAUUUUUACAAAAUGGAGGACCUUAAAUACUUUUAUUUUGUGACCUUUCUCAUGUUAUACAUGCUUGUACUCUUUGCUAACGGGAUUAUGAUUUUUGUCAUAAUUAUCAACAAAGUGCUUCAUAACCCUAUGAAUUACUUUCUAUGUAACUUGGCUGUAAAUGGCAUCUACGGUGGCACGGCUUUGCUUCCCCCCUUGCUGGGCACUUUAAUGUCUCCUUCUCAUGAGAUAUCUUUGGCAUGGUGUAAGGCUCAAACUUACUUCCUGCACACAUAUGUUAUCAUAGAGUUCACCAUUCUGUCAGUCAUGUGCUACGAUCGCUAUGUGGCCAUCUGCUACCCGCUGCAGUAUCACAGUAUUAUGACAAUCACAAAAGUGUAUAAACUCAUUGCCUUCUCAUGGGGGUAUGCUUUAAUGACAUUUCCUGUGUUUUUUAUUAUGACUCUGCGCUUGACAAUCUGUCAAAACCGACUGGAGAAGGUUUACUGCCUCAACUUUUAUCUGCUCAAAAUGUCUUGCGGGAACACAUAUACUGAGAGCGUAUUGGGAUUGUUUUUUGUUGUUGUAUACUCUUUUCCUCAGCUUGCAAUGACUUUCUAUUCAUAUGGACAUAUUCUGAAAAUAUGCUUUACUGCCACUAAAGAGUCUAAAAUAAAAGCACUGAAGACCUGCACUCCACACUUAUUUGCAAUACUCAACUUUAGUGUGGGAUGUUUUUUUGAAAUUGUACAAAGUCGCUUUGACACAAGUUAUCUCCCAUUUGAAACACAACUAUUUAUGUCUCUUUAUUUCUUGAUAUUUCCUCCCAUUAUAAAUCCAGUUAUCUAUGGGAUGAGUGUUAAAACAUUGAGAGCCAAUAUUUUUAGGCUGUUUGGCUGUAAAAGUAGGAUAUUGUUUUUGGAACACAAGUGA